AUAGAGGAGUGAAAAAGAAGGAAAUGAGCUGAAAAAGCAAAUCCUAUCACUGUAGUCAUCUCCCUCAAUCUCUCCAAAAUCCCACCCAAUUUUCAACUACUUUACCUUUCUCAGCAGAGGCUUCGUCUUCAGUGAACUGGAUCCGCGGACCCGACCCUGCUACCAUCCGAAUCCGUUGCAGCAAUGUCGGGUUACCGAGCAGAAGACGACUACGACUACUUAUUCAAGGUUGUUUUGAUAGGCGAUUCCGGCGUCGGGAAAUCCAACUUGCUUUCUAGGUUUACUCGGAACGAGUUCAGCCUCGAGUCCAAAUCAACUAUCGGCGUCGAGUUCGCCACCAGAAGUUUGAACGUCGACGGGAAAGUGAUCAAGGCUCAGAUUUGGGACACUGCGGGCCAAGAGAGGUACCGUGCCAUUACAAGUGCAUACUAUCGCGGUGCUGUUGGUGCUUUGCUUGUAUAUGAUGUCACUAGGCACUCCACAUUUGAAAGCGCCGAAAGGUGGUUAAGGGAGUUGAGGGAUCACACUGAUCCCAACGUAGUCGUCAUGCUUAUUGGCAACAAAUGCGACCUCCGGCAUCUGGUGGCAGUCUCAACAGACGAUGGGACCUCAUUUGCUGAAACCGAGUCGCUCUACUUCAUGGAAACUUCGGCCCUAGAUGCUACCAAUGUCGAAAAUGCAUUCACGGAGGUUCUCACGCAAAUAUACCGCAUCGUGAGCAAGAAGAGCAUGGAGGCAGGUGACGACGGGAACAUGCAGACUGUCCCGACCAAGGGAGAGAAAAUCGACGUGAGCAAGGACGUAUCGGAUGUGAAGAAAGGAGGUUGCUGCUCGUGAGGUAUGGUGCCAUCUUUGUUUUCUGCUGCAUCGUCUUUGAGAUUGUGGUGUAAACUUUUACCUCUGCAGAUGUUAGAAAUAUGGACAUGCUUUAAUUUGUAUUAUUUUCAUGGAAUGCCAAAUUCACAUGAUGUUUGUCUGAUUCAGACAUCAAUAUA